CAUUGUUUUAGUUCAUGUUGCCGUAUGACGCGAUUGUGAACCAAUUUAGAUGGGAUUCCUUUGAUCGCGCUGGUCUUGAGCGGAUGUGUGUACUGACAAUUCGCAAUGGAAAAUUAUUAGUGCAGAAUUCAAAUUGUAGUGCAGAUUGUGAACUUUUGGUUCGUGUUUGAGAGAUUUUCGACUUUAUAGUGGAGACUAUUUUUUGACAAUUUUGAUAGUAGUUCCUGUAGAAGGAAAGGACGCUUAAAGCAUGGUGUAACAGAAUUGAUGCACGCGGUGGGCCUGCACUCGGCGCUCGCCAUCCGCCGCGAGCGGAAGCGCCGCGCCGAGCAGCAGCGAGCCCGCGAGCGCCGCUACUCCGUACAGUCCUCAGAGUCCGGCGUCACCUCCCCGCACUGCUCCACCGGCAGCUUGGAACGGCGCCGCUACAGAAAGUCUCGCGCGACCGAAAAUGAGGUCGUCUCCUCGGUCGGGAUGCUCCACCUCGGAGUGGUGUUCCUCGUGCUCGGCCUCUUCCUGAUAGGCUCGGGCUGGCUUCCGGACAACGUCACCUCCUGGAGCAGCGUCGGCUCUGUAAGCUGGUUCAAUGAGUUGGUUUGUUCGGGUCUGUUUGCCCUGGGUAUCGGCGUCUUCCUUAUCAUUCUGCACAAAUAUUUGACAAAGAGUGAAGAGGACGCCCUCGAAGACUACGUACAAAGGCAGCUGACGAGGUCUCGCUCGGGACAUAGACUGGAGAGGGACGCGGAGACAGGCGGAAUGCGGACAAAGAACGCCCGUCGUGCGCGAGCCACCGAGGUCCUGCCCGAGUCCGUGACCGAGACGUACACGGAGCCACCGCCGGACCGCGCGCACGGGUUUGUGAACGCGCUGGCGCUCAACGGGGACGCCAUGCGGGAGCUGCCGCUCGAGCAGAUAGUGGAGGAGGAGAUCUCGGUGACGUCAGAGGGUGGCGUGCGGCUCGGCAAGUUCAACAAGGACACGUACUCGUCGCCGUCCGUGGCGCCCAGCCUCAGCCCCGGCUCGCCCUCCGACACGCGCGAGCUGCUCUCCGACGGCCGCUACAUGAUCAUGUCGCGCAUGUGAGCCACCUAAUUCGACAAUCCGCUGGCUCCGAGCCUUUUCGCCUAAUGUGACAUACUUUGCUUCUAUAGCUAUAAAUGCCCCAAACUGGCGCUACUGUGUGGUGUCCCAACACAGUUUUGUUGAAAAACUUUAACAAUUUUAACGUUUCUAAAACUAAAUACACUGUAAAGUCUCAUUGUAACUACAAAACGGACUAGGCGAGCGCUGUGAAAGUAAAGAAUAGUCCAUUAAUGUAACUUGGUUGGAAAUUCCAGCGGUUCGGGAAACGUUUCAGUUCGCGGCCAUUUUCGCCACUUCCAUUAUUUAAUCUAAAAUAUGCUCGGAAUCAGAGGAUUGUCGAAAAUUGGUUCCUUCGCCUCGUACAUGGAUUACGACAAAGUGAAGUGAACUCUAUUUCUAUUGUGAUUGAGAUCGUAUUUCUAUAUUCCUGCUACUUGUGUUAACACGGUUUCAAUGUAACUAUCCCGCUAUUUCGUUAUAGAGCUUCGAUGCUUCGUCGUUUCAAUGGAUAUUUCAUUUGUAUUCGGGGGAAUGCUUAUCUAUUUUAUAUUUUAACCGACGGACCAACUCUUUGGUAGAUUUUAGCAGUAAGUUGUAUUGUAAGCUCGUUUAUAACUGCAGUCGUAAAACUGAGCGGGGCACUAGCGAGAUCAAGGGUUAGGAUCGCGUAACGCGUAACCCGUUCUUUGAACAUGUUUCAUUCUAAAAACAAAAACGAAAACAAUUCUUGACUUUAUUAAAAACAUUUUCAUUUUAGUUUUUCUGUGAAAGAAGAACAGAAUAAAUAAAAGUUUCUAAACCAGAAAAUACCCACUACAGGAAUAUAAAUAUCCAUGAAAGCGAGUAGCGAAAACAAAACACGGAACACUCUAUUCGAGUUGAAACAGUGAUCUGCAGUUGUAAACGGGUCAUUGUGUAUAUUUAAUUAAAUUACGAUUGAAAUUCCGCAUGUAUUGGCUUGAGACUGAUUGUUAAAUACUGUUCUUAUACCUGAAGAUUUUAUAUAAUAUUGUAUGUUUGUUUGUCUUAGUACUCUGUUCAGUUGUUGCUUUGGAUACACGAGAGAUGUAUGAUGUAGCCGAAAGAAUAUAACUUAUAAAAUGAUUAUUUAAUAUUUUAGUUACAAAAAUCAUGAUGUAUCUGAUAACUUAUUAAUAUAGACGCUUUUUAUCAGCAAUUCGAUCCUUAAACUUUACGUACUAGAAUGUUGUUUUGAUAAACGAGAAACGAAUGUAAUGUAAAUUGUAAGGCCUAGGAAGAAUCGAAUGUACAUAAAUAUUGUAAGUGACAUUGAUUAGAGAAAUAUGUCUCGCGUAUCCAAAGAGUAACUGAUAUAUUACGGUAGAAUUAUUUAUGUAGAGAAUAUAAUUUACAUGUCAUGAACUCAUAAGGCACCAAACGUGCAAACUGUUUCAUUUCAACAGAUCUGUGCCAAAUGUUUUAUGGCAAUAUUGUAAGUCGUUGAGCUUAUUUAACAUAGAAAUAUCCAAUCUUUGAGUUCGUUGCAACUAUUUACUUAAAACCGACCGAAUAAUGUUCCUUCAGACUACAUAUUCGUCCUCUUUGGAAUAUUGCGUACAGAUGACAUGCUUGCAUCUACUCCAGUCCUAAAAUUCCAAGGUCGAUUUUAAGAUAAAGUUAUAUUUCAUUUCGAUAGUAAUUUCGUCCCACCGUUUCGUUAUGUAAAUAAUUUAUUUUAAUUAUAAAAUAAGUUUAAUUUUUUGGGGCUGUGAUAUAUUUUCGUUGUUAAUCGAGAUGUCAAAUUAUAUAAAUAUGUACACUACAUUAUGAAACAUUGAUAUUAAUAUUAAGCUUAUACACACGAGCUUAGCUUCACAAUGCUCAAACUUUGAGUUAUAAGUUUUCACCCCUUUCCAUUUCUUCUAUCCUAGUACUUAUCCCUUUUAAUCUUCCCUUUUUAUUAGAUGAAAUUGAUGUUCUUUGUGAAAAAUUUCUUAAUUGUAAUUGAACAUCGUAACUGAAA